AUGGAACUUGAAGUCCGGGAUCCUGGAGGCAUGCUGUCGCUGGCUGAGGGAAAAAAGAAACCAUCCUCUGCUGGUCAUCCAUCAAGCGAAGAAGAGCACUUGACGAAGAAGAUGAAGAAGAUAGGAGAUAGGCGAGCAAAGAUAUCUGUCCGACGGGACGAUGACGAGACUGUAGUGGCACAGACGGCGCAAGUACUCGUAAUCUUUGCAUUGGUAAGUUUAAAUAGCGGCAAUAAAUGUACGGAUUUCGUGAGCCGAGACUUCAACGCUGCCAUCAAUAUCAGCCGAUGUGCGGUGCUAGAGACACGACCUGAGGAGCUAACCCAAGCAAACUUUGUGGAGCAGCCUCUCAGGCUUGAAGUGUACUGGGCGAAACUGAAGACGAUAGCGGCCGGCCGGUGA